AUGUCUCUCUUCCAGACUCUGAACACUACUGGCAAUGUGCCCAUUGUCAUCCACCAGGGCGGCCAGCAGCCAAUCUAUGUCCAGACCCCGGGCCAGCCUCAGCCUGGCAUUACUGUUGUCGGCCAGCAGCCCCAGGCUGCCGCCCAGCCUAGUGUAUUCCCGCCUCAAAUGGUAGCCAAUGCCACCAUGCCCGGCGCCUUCCCCAGCGGUGUCGCUCCCGACGUCAUGGGAAUUGGCAAGACUGGAACUGAAGUCCAGAUGGAGCAGUACUACACUGCCUUGAACAACGGCGCCCUUGAGGGCCAGGACAUCGCUCCUGCUGACCCCGAUCCUUCUCGCAUGUACUACGUCCGUGAGCUUGAUGGCGAGUGGACUCUUCGCAACCGCUUUGGUAUUGACAAUCUCGACGGCUGCCGUUGGUACGUCAUGCCUGGCGGCGUCUUCUACGCCGUCCGCACGCCCGAGUGA